UAGCGAGCGCGUAGUGGUAGGGAGGAGGCUUUGAAUCGAGAGGGAAGAAGGGAGGGCAGCGGGAGGAAACAAAAUUACUCAAAACCGGCCAAACGACUUGUUCAACGGUCGCACGGUGGCGCGCGUUUUCGUUAGGUUUUUCUUUGACGUGCUUGUAAUCCCACCCCACCUUUGUUUCGGUACGAAUUGUUUUGAUACAGUUUUUACAAUUGAUACGAUAAAAAGUAUUUAUAACUAAAUACUGACGAUGAUAUAAGUUGUUUCGUGUAAUUUUUACCUGUUCAAUGUUUGGAUAGGUGUUAAAAUAGGUAGCGGGCAGGUGAGGAGCGACAAUAAGUGAAAUGAAUAUUAUGUUCAGUUAGCAAAAUGGAGUGCUGUAAGGAUACGGGAGUUCAGAAGAGACAUAGUCAGUUCAGUGACACAAAGUACAAGUGGAGGACGGCAGUGUUGAUGGUGGUGUUGUGUUGGGUGUGCGUAAGUGGACAAGAGUUGGGAUACAGUGAAACGGAUCCUUAUUUGUUGAACAAGUCGUUGGGAUUGACGGAGUUGGCGGGCGGAAUCGUGGCCGGCGGACGGACUGUAUGGAGAAGCGAAGGUAGUCCGUACCUCCUCCGGGAUGACUUGCUGGUGGAAAGGGAAGCGGAGCUGGUCGUGGAGCCGGGCGUCGAAGUGCGGUUUGCACCCAUGAUUGGCAUCACCGUGCGCGGAAGAUUGAUAGCUGUGGGUGCACAUCAUAAUGGUAUUUCAUUUACAAGCACCGAAGAGCCUCCUAAGUCAAGCAAACCCAUUCCUGAUAUUCGGCUGGUUGACGGACCCUCAAUAUUAGCAGGAAGGGUGCAAUUGUUACAUCGAGGUCAAUGGAGAUCUGUCUGUACCAAUUCUAGAAAUUGGACCAUUAAUGACAUGGAAACAGCAUGCAGACAACUAGGCUUUAUGGGCGGGUCAUUUUACAAUUGGAUGGAUCGGCAACCGGGUCGACGCGCUCGUCUAUUAUUUGAGGAACCCAAGUGUAGAGGAACGGAGUAUGACUUAUUCCAGUGCGACUGGAACUCGCGUCAAUUAGGUUCUGGUGUCUGCGAUUACCAUCCCGACCUUGCUAUUCAAUGUUCGCCCCAUCACGAUGACAAUGAACUCGGCAAUUCUGGCAGACAUUGGCGUGGAUUACGUUUUGAAAAUGCAGUAUAUGAAAGAAUUCUUACCGCUGCUAACACUUUAUACGUACCUACAUCCAUGUCAAUACUCGAGCAUAUCACUAUAAAAAACGCUGGUCUAGGAAGGGAUAAUAAUGCUACUAGUGCUUUAGAUGUAAUAGGGGUACCACCAGUUAUGAGAGACAUUGAAAUAUCUAACUCUGCUUUUAAUGCAAUCAACGUGACGUCACCGAACGCGCCCAUAGUAAUUAACAACUGCACCAUACAAAACAAUAGAGGUUACGGUGUCUAUGUGAAUUCUACGUACGGCAUGACCAAGAUUGAGAAUUGUUUAAUUCACGAUAACGGUGGGGAUGGAGUAAAAUACGUUGUGCAUGAAAUGAACAUAGACGAGAAGUUUGAUCGAAGCGAAAUAUUUGAUCUCUGUACAAUGGCUUCCACACCUAGUCAGACGUUCCCUAUACAGAUGACAGUAGAACAAUCGAGAUAUUCGAAUAUGGAACGAGAUUGUGAACAGAAAUUUUACACGAGAGCUGAUCAUGUUUUAACUUUAAGCUUUCUUAAAAUUAUAACGAGUCGCAACGACACUGGAGAAAUAUUUGUAUACGACGGUUUAACUCUGAAUGAUAAACUUCUAGUAUCAUUUAGCUUGAGAAACUACUCAAGACCGCAGAGUGUGACGUCGACAAGAAACCGAAUGUAUGUACGAUUUAAAGCUAAUACAAGAACCGAUAUAACGGGGUUUCUAAGGCUGACUUCGGGUGUGAACAAGGUAUAUGAUUUAAAUGUAACUGAUACGAUUAUUUCCGAUAAUAAUGGCAGAGGAGUCGUUAUAGAAAAUUUAAGAUCGCAAAUCCAUAUACACCGAUCAUCGAUAUCAAAUAACAAUCACGUAGCAGGAUUGCAAGUUGUAAAUGGAGCUGGAGAUGUGAAUGUAACUGAAAGUAGAAUUUCUUUUAACCAAGGCGAUGGUAUAAAUAUAACAGUUACGGGUGGUAACAGAAACAUAUCACGAAGCAUAUUGAGUUCUAACCAAGGGUACGGUAUCGCUGUAUGGAUUAAUAAUACUCAAGAAACUGAAUACCUCCCAACAAACCAAACGACGGUUAUUGAAUAUUCUGAGAUAUUUAAGAAUCUAGAUGUGGGUAUAUUACAUGGUAAUUUCUGUAGAGACGGUUGGAUCAACAUUACAGGAAAUUGGUUUAAUAUGAGCAUGGAAAGUACAAUCGAUAUAUCGACGUGUUGGAAAUUGAUCACGCCAAAGAAACCAUUAAAUUUACAAAUUGGUCACAAUCGUUUUUACCAAAGUCAGAAGGUGCCUAUAAAGAUACAACCAGCUCUAAAUAUCAUUGGACGAAUAGAAUAUAAUUAUUUCGAACAUGGUGAAUACGGUGCUCUUGUUAUCUUAAAUAGGAUGGAGGGAAAACACAUAGAGGAGUUCGAAAUACUGCCUGCUCAGUUCAACAUACAGCACAAUUAUUUCUUUAGUAAUAAAGGACCCUUUGUGGUGAAUUUGGGACUAUCGCCAUACAGCGAUCUUCAGUAUAUAUUAUUCUCCAGAAACUAUCUAAGAGACAAUAAAGUGAGGGAGCCAUUUGAACCUUUGGAAGGAGUAUCAUCCCGUUUAACACCGAGAAGUCGAGUAGCUGCCACAAUUGUACUAGCUUCUAGCAAUAUUGACGUGUACAGGAACAUUAUUAACAAUCCUGAGGCACAGUAUGAGAUAGGCUCCCAUGUUGAAGAUCAAAGCAAGAUUUUAAAUUGCACAUACAACUGGCUCGGUUCGGGCGAAGAAGAAAAAGUGUAUAAUAGGUUGUUUCACAGAAAAGACCGAUACAAUUUAGCAAAGAUAAGUUACAUGCCUUAUUUACUACAUAGUAGCAAUCCUGGUGCAACACAAAUUAACUAUAAUCAACUAUAUGUCCCACAAUUUAAUAUUCCUGGUACUUUUACCGUUGGUGGAGAAGUGGAAGGGAUAGAAAUACUACGACCCGGAGAAUACGAUGUAGACAAAGAUAUUAAUGUACGUCCUGGCGGCAAAUUGGUAAUACAAUCCGGAGUUACAUUAAAGUUCCCUCCAGCUAUAGGUAUGAUGAUAGCCGGAAAAUUAGAUGCAAGAGGGAAGCGACCCAGUGAUAUUACAUUUACUCUUAAAGAAGAAGUCAUUCUGACAAACGACAGUGUUUACGAAACGGAUCCAGAAGUAGAACCAACCACACCAGGAUAUUCAGAACCAAUAGUGCCUAUUCGACUCUUGGGUGGCAGGACGCAGCAUGAAGGAAGACUGCAAGUAAGAAUUAAUGACAGGUGGGGUACCGUUUGUAAUUAUAAAUGGAAUGUAAUCAAUGCUGCUCUUGUCUGUCACCAGCUUGGAUUAGCGUUAAAUCCUAAUGAUUGGUUCCUCGAACCAAGUGAAAUACCUUCUGCUGGAAUUACUGAAGACGUUAUUUUAUCUAACGUCGAAUGUACAGAGUUCGAUGAUGAUAUAACGAAGUGUAAAGCAGAAACUAUGGAAAACUUUGAAAAUUCGUGUUCUCAUGAAAAUGAUGUAGGAAUUCGCUGCUAUGAGACCAGUUGGGCUGGAGUAAGGUUCAGUGUUAUCUCAGAAAGAUCAGAUUUACAGUAUGUCAGUAUCGAAAAAGCGGGACUUCUGGAUUAUUCAUCUAAUACUUUCAAACCUGCACUGCAAUUGGAUUUUGCCAGACAUGGAUUAGAAAGUGUAAAAAUAGCUAACAACUAUCAUGAUGGGUUAGGUAUUAUAUAUUCCGAUUUGUACGGUGCUGACGCUAUAAAUACUGUUCGUAAUUCAGAAUUCAGUAAUAAUAGAGGCAGUGGUAUAAGUUUCAAACAACUUGGGUUGAAGGUGUAUAGUUCAGUCAUAGAAAAUAAUAAUAUUGCUGGUAUAUCUCACAACCCUCACAUACCCGGCUUGCAACAAAGAGAAAUUGCUGGCUGGUUUAAUUUAGAUCCAGGCUUCAAUAUGGACGAAUCAAAUUACCAUCCGAUCAUGUUACCCGAAUUUGAAACCGAUAUAAGUUUAGCAAACGGAGAAACGCGGCAUAUUGUGUUUACUAAACAUUACGAUGAAAAUAUCGUAAAAACAUACAACAUCAAAUGCAAUCCAGGAUAUGUUCUUGGACUUCAACUUUUAAACCCAAUCCACAAUUUUUCUACAGAAAUUAUAUGCAUAUAUGAUUCACAAAAUAUUAACGAAGCUAGUACAAAGUGGUGCCUUGGUCGUGAUCUAUCCACAUUUCCUACAACAAGCAACAGUUUCGGUGUCGUGCUUACAUAUGAAAGUGGAAAGACUGCUCUGGGAGGUGUUGUACUCGUUGUCAGCACUAUUAUUGCACCUGUACAAAAUCUACGAAAUAGAAUUGUCAGAGGACCGGUGCCAACACUUCAAGUUGCUAAUACCAAAAUAAAAGGUAACACGAAAGGUAUCAGAUCCCUUUAUUACAAUAGGUACUUAAACGAGCUUGGCGAUCACUUUUUACGAAAAGCUAAUGAAACCAUUAAAAUAAUCAAUUGUGAAAUAGCACACAAUAAAGAAGAAGCUCUGUAUAUCAAUACGCCAUUUUGGGAUAUUCACGAAAGCAAUAUAACGGAGAUAACAAUUAUGAUUAAUAGUAGUUUGAUAACAGACAACGGCAAAGGAAUUUAUCACUUCGCGCGCGAUUUGAGGAGUUCUAAUAACUUGUAUCACUAUAUCCUUCAAGACAAUACCGUGGAACGGAAUAAACUAGGAGGUUUUGAAAUAAGUCUGCCUUAUGUAUGGCAAUAUAAUGAAAAUUUCACACAUUCCGUUUAUAUGAACAAUAACACUUGGCGCGCCAAUCAAAAUUUUGGUAUCUCUAUUGACGGCCACUUUGCAGAAGUUAAUGUAACAAAAAACGUAUUUACUAAUAACAAUUGUAAAACUGGAUGCAUCGCUGUUCGCGGCAUGGAAAAGAAAAUGAAAGUUGACGGAAAUCUGAUUGAACGGAACAACGGUCAAUUCAUGGUUCAAUUCUUUAUGGACAGCCAAAGCGAAAUCAUGGGACUAGUGUACGCAGUGUUCAUUCAUAAUCAAGUAAAAAAUAACAGACCUUUGUAUCAAGUAACUAGAGGUGCAUUAGUCAAAAGUACUGAUCCCACGUUUGCACUCGGUUUUAAAGGAAUUCAGAAAGUUAAAGUCAGCAGAAACUUGUUUGGCAAGAACGAUCUACAAUAUACUCUGCUGGCUGGUAUUAAAACAGCGAAGACAAAUAAUUUACUAGACGUUACCGAAAAUUGGUGGGGAAGUUCGGACGAACAAGAAAUAAAAACACAAAUAUUCGAUUUUGAUGAUUGGAACAAUCAUGCUAUCGCUACUUAUUUACCGUAUUUACUAGAAGAUAACUUUGAUUCUAGUUUAUCAGUUUCCUUUAGCCCUCAAACCCCCAUAGAUGUCAAUAUCCUUGGCGGCCGACUCACGCAAGAUCUUACCAUUGAAGCCCGCAUUGCUCCAUAUAUAGUAAAGUCGGACAUAACAGUUAUGCCCGAUGUAACACUCACUAUCACCCCAGGUGUAAUACUAGAAUUUCCUCCAGAUGUUGGAAUUUUGGUCAUGGGAACACUACAAGCAAUUGGCCAUGCUCAGUUGCCUAUAUUAAUGAGGCCACUAAGAAUAUCAAACAAUGCUGAAAGUAAUAGAAUUGAAAAGAGAGAUAUCAACCAUUAUUCUUCCUACAACCAUAAACAAAAAAGGCAAUUAGAGACUCUCGUAGUACAAGACUCCAUUAGACUAUGCACGGGGCGUAACUGUUCAAUAAAUGAUAAUCUUAUGGAGAAAAAGCACGAGGGUUUCUUAGAAUACUACAAUCGAACCACAUUACAAUGGGUACCUAUGUGUGACAAUCGCUUUACUGAAAGAAAUGCUCAAGUGGUAUGUAGAGAACUAGGCUUUGAUCCAAUAAACGUAUUCUUUGCACACGACAGACGAGUAGAAUAUCACAGCAACUCCUUAUCCCGCAUAUGGUCCUGGCCCGAGCCUUUGCAAUGUGUUGGUACUGAGGAACAUUAUGAAGACUGCCCUAUAAGACUAAAUGGUCAGCUGUACGGUCAUCGACAUGAAUGUAAAUGGGACUCGAAAUACGUAUUCAUACAUUGCGGCAAGAGAAAUUUAGACGAGUCUUUAGAAUAUUGGGGAGGCAUAAGAUUUGCUAACCCCGAAUUCGAAUAUUCUCUUUAUGAACAUAGAAUUCAUGAUCAUCAUACUCACGAAACCAUGAGGAAAGUAGAGAGUGCUUUAGAACAUGUUCAUAUAACUGGCGCUGGUGUUCUUCACAAUGAACGCUCACCUGCAAUUCAAAGUAUUGUUAAAAAUCCACAAAUCAGAAACGUAAACAUAAGUCAGUGUGCCUAUCACGGCAUAAACAUUGUGUCUCCCACCGAUUCGCUCGACAUGAUGUUCAAUACUGUAAAUGAUGUCUUAGGUGAAGGGCUCAGUGCAAUAUCGAUGACUGGAGAAGGUAGGGAGUCUGAAGAGUCCAGCUUUACACCAUUAAAGGAUCUGAAUCUUCCGUAUCACAUGUUUUCUCUCGUUGAUAUCUGCGACAGUAGCAAAGUUAUAACAGUUGAGGAGAGAGUCAUUAUUUAUUACAAGUAUGACAAUAAUCCUGUAAAUUGUGUCAAAAUAUUCAAAAGCAUGUACAGAGUAAAACCAUUUGGAUUUAGACUUCUGCAAUUCAAUUUGUUUAAUCAUACAAUGAACUAUGGAAAACGAGAUUCGUUAACUUUAUACGACGGAGAUAUUUACAAUAUAACAGCUCCUCAAAUUGGAUAUUUAGAAAACGGAUCUCCAGAAGAAAAGAAACUUUUUAAGACUGUCGGGGCCAGUUUAAGUAUAAAACUGUUCGCUAAUGGCGCAUCCUCGGUUCAUGGAUUCAUUGCUGAAAUAGUCACCCUGCCUAUAUCUUCUAUUGGAUUCAGUCGUGACGUGCAUCAUAAUAUAUCUAGCAGUGUAUUUACAAAGAACAGGGAUGGCGCUAUAAGUUAUACUUCAGUGGGCGAAGUAAACCCUCUUGUCGCUAUUACUAGAAAUGAACUUGUAGAUAACUGUCUCAAACUUUAUGGAAACUUUACGUCUUGCCAAGCCGCAGUGAGACUUGACGUCCAAAAUACCCAGACUUUUGUAUUCCGACACAACCUGGUACGCGGCAAUGUUGGUGGCUUGGCUUUGAGAGCUGACUCCAGAAGUUCUGCAACUUCGUUACGAGGAUGGAUACACAAUAAUCUGUUUUUCUUAAAUCACGACUUACCAAGUCUUAAAGUAGAAGGACGCCAAUCAUCACCCUACCAAGAAGUCACAAUAUAUAGAAAUUAUUUCACUCGCAAUAAUGUACAAUUCAAGGAUGUAAUUGUAUUGCGUCAAGUUGUCUCCAAUUUCACACACAACUACGUUCAUCAAAACACUGGCCAGAGAAUCCUAGAGGUGGCUGGUUUUGAUAAAGUUAGACUGCCUAUUUACCAAACUACGUCUCACAACGGAUUUUAUAAAAAUUACGCAUUAGAUCGCGAAGGGCGAGCAACGGUGGUAGCGGGUACCGCAGGGCAACAUUAUGUGGAUAAUAUUUUCUUUAAUCCCGACAACGAUUAUGAGAUGAUUACUGUUAAUAGAUCUAUCUUUGUUGACUAUAAUCCAAAUGCGAUAAGCGCUCUGGAGCUCUGGCGUACUCGCAUUGACGCCAAACAUAACUAUUGGAGUUAUAACGAGACCUUAGCCGUAGCCGGCCGAAUUAGAGAUCAAUCCGAUAAUCCACUUUUACUGGAAGUGGACUACAGGCCGUACUACAUGAACAAUUUAACAGUGCUCGGAGGAGGCAAGUGCCCACCCGGCUGGGACGCUGUUGCCGGAACGUGCUUCAUGUACAUCGGGGCACCAAUGACGUUUGCUGACGCUAGCAACUUUUGUUUGUCUGACAACGCAUCCCUACCAUACGUGUCUGGCAACUACGAAGCACUGUACAACUUCAUCCAAGCCCAAAACCAAUAUUUCCAAGACGGCGACCGCGUGUGGGUACAACACAUUGACUAUCUCACGCAAUGCACUUCGUUCGCUAUCUCCAGUGUUCAAGUUACUGAAUGUAACCAGAAACAUGCCUUUAUUUGUGAGAUUGAUCCAAAGAUCACAAUAGACCCCAUGGCCUGGCAAGGAGAUAUGUUGGCGGUAGCUUUUAUUGGUAUAUUGGCAUUAGUUGUGGUGUUGGUUGGUGCAGCCCUGGUCUGCUGGUAUUCAAAGUCUAAACACAGACACAUCCAGAGGCUAGAACGUCGCAAUUCAAUUAGGCAGUCACUCCAUUCUGUCAGGUCCAUCGGCAGCAUCAACGGAGGUUAUCCAGAUAAUACUUAUAGGAGAAAAUUAACUCAAAUGAGUACCAGAUCAACAGAAACUUUAACUAAAGGCUCCGAUUAUCGAAAGAUGCUCGCGUCCACGACCUCCAUGGAGUCUAUGGAGAAAAGUCAGUUCAAUUCUUCCUUGGAAGACACCCAAAGUUAUGAUAUCUAUGAAGCUCACAACCCCAACCCGAACAUUAUGCAACUGAAGCACAGCACAUUUAUAAAAAAACCCGCAUCACCAGAGUAUUCGGUCCCACAAAAUAAUAACCGCCCAUACAAUCUGGCAUACAAAAACGAAGGCUACAGAGAUAAUUCGAACGCGACCAGUGGUGCUCCCUCAAUGAAUACGGUAACCACAGAAGAAAUUCCUAUAAUACAUCAUCCCGGUGGUCUGCAAUCUCCUCAAGAUGAUGACACAUUAUCUCCCACAAGUGAUUCGCAAUACUUCACAUCGGACACAUUGCCUUUGCGAGGGAGGACAGACACCUUAGAUUUGAAGAAUGGGUUAGAGAGAGAAGCCAAGUAUAGUCCAUAUGGUGCUCCUAACUUUGGCACACAACCAAAGUUAUCUUUCCUUAUGGAGCUGAGAUCGAAAAUGCCAGAGCAGCCGCAACCGGGCGCCAUGCCAACUACUACAUUUGGACAAAGAAAGCCUAUUACUGAUCAACAGCAGUAUUACGAAGACAAUUUACCAAGCCCACCACAUCCGCCAGUGUAUACUCCAGACUUCUCUGACCACAUUCCAAGCUACGAUUCAAGUCCCCAAGAUUUAUCUCGAGAAUUCGACGCCUCGCCAACGCCAGGCUUAGUCGGAAGGUCUAAAUCUGAAGCGUUACUAGAAACUAAUUUUGACUUCGACGAUAACACAGAGUCUAGUUCUUUACCUUUAACUGAAGCGAGCAGAACGUAUAGUCAACCUUUAGAGACUGCUAUGUAAAGUAUAUA